GAGUUAUCAAUUAUUUGCUUCAACAACCAAUCAGGGAGAGAGAACGAGGGAGGAGAAACUACAGACAGAUCUAUUCAACUCCAAAACUCAAAAACUCUCUGUAUAAUUUACAAUUCUCAGAUCCAAAUCCUAACGACAAUGUCGACCUUUUCCGGAGAUGAAACUGCUCCUUUCUUCGGCUUCCUUGGCGCCGCCGCCGCCCUCGUCUUCUCCUGUAUGGGGGCAGCUUAUGGAACAGCGAAGAGUGGUGUUGGAGUGGCGUCAAUGGGAGUGAUGAGACCUGAAUUGGUGAUGAAAUCUAUUGUGCCAGUGGUUAUGGCUGGUGUGUUAGGUAUUUAUGGGUUGAUUAUUGCUGUGAUCAUCUGUACUGGGAUUAACCCCAAAACCAAGUCGUAUUACCUAUUUGAUGGCUAUGCUCAUCUCUCGUCCGGUCUUGCUUGUGGUCUUGCUGGCCUUUCUGCUGGAAUGGCUAUUGGUAUUGUUGGUGAUGCUGGUGUUAGGGCUAAUGCACAACAACCUAAGCUUUUCGUUGGGAUGAUCCUCAUUCUCAUUUUUGCUGAAGCUUUGGCUCUUUAUGGGCUUAUUGUUGGCAUUAUCUUGUCUUCCCGAGCUGGGCAGUCUAGAGCUGAGUAAAGUUAACUCCAUUCUUAUCGCCCUGUAUGUGAGACUUCAGAAGGCCAAGGCAGUCAAAAAGUAUCUAUUACGUGUAUUGUUAUUCAUGAUAACACAGCUGCCACUUUAUUCAGUGGUGCAAUGUUCUCUCUGUAGAAAUAGGAAUUCAAUUUUUCUACUCAAUAAUAGCUUAAAGAGCUGUGCAAUUUGGUCAGUAUUUAUCGUGUAUUUUGCAGUGAACGGUCUGAACCAUUUUGUUUAUGAGAUUCCUGCAUGUAUCAUUUCAUCUUAAUUUAUUAUGUUUACUGUGCAACAUCUAUGAGUUUGAGCUUGAAUA